CGCUCCCCGUCCCCUGUCCCCCCCCCAGCCGCCAUGGAGAGCAGCAUGGACUUCCAGGCUGAGCCCUCGGCCCCCGAGCCGCCGGCCAUGGACACGGAGGAAGGGCCGGGGGGGCAGCCCGCAGCCCCGGGGCCCGGUGUGGAGCCCCCCGGUACCGGCACCGGCACCGCCGGGGGUCGGCGAGGGGGUGAAGCAGCCCCGGGCACCGGCACCGGCGAGGCUUCGGGACGUGACCGGGGAGAGGAGGUGGAGGAGCCCGGCGUGGGGGGAGCCCCUCGGGGAGCGGGGCCGCCCCGCGCCCCCAGCAGCGGGGACAUGGAGCUGGACGAAGCCCCCGAGGACGCGGAGGCGGCGGAGAUGCAGGGGCUGCUGGCACAGCUCGAGACCCUCGACCCCAGCCUCCGCGACGCCCCGGAGCCACCGUUGGCCUCGAGCCCCGGCACGGCCCCGGCGGUGGGCGAGCGGCACCCGAGGGGCUCCGCGGAGUGUCGGGGCGGGUGCCGGCCGUGCCCGCUGCACGUGGCCACGGGCAGGGGCCUGGCGACGCGGCCCUGCUGCUCCCAGCACUCGGCCUGCUCCCGGCCCUGCCACGGGCUGCUCUUUGCCGAGGCCGACCGGGAGGAUCUGCUGAGCCUCCUGAGCUACGAGGGGGGAUUGCCCGAAGCUGGUGAAGAGACGCCCCUGGCCCGCUCCGACGUGCUGGCCGGGACCAGCCUGGAGAUGCUGCAGGCUCCAGAGGAAGCGGUGGCGGCGGUGGUGGAGCCCGGAGGGCCGGGCGGCUCGCAGGGGGGACCUGCUGGUGGAUGGUUUUAUGGAGAGGGGCUCGGCGAGGUUGACCCCACCUGCGAGGGCAACCGGGACAGUUCGCCAGAGCCAUCCUGGGCGGCCCUGCCUCCUGCUGCGGCCCCGGAGAAAGAGCGGCUGCCCCAAGGCAGCGUCACUAACAAGGAAUCCCCUUCCUCCUGUCCAGCCUUCAAAGAUGUUCCAGGCCCCUGCGACCCAGAGGAUCUGCUGGACGGGGUGAUUUUUGGGGCAAAGUACCUGGGCUCCACGCAGCUGGUCUCCGAGAGGAACCCCCCCACCAGCGUCCGCAUGGCGCAGGCGCAGGAGGCUGUGGACAGGAUCAAGGCACCGGAGGGGGAGUCCCAACCCAUGACAGAGGUGGAUCUGUUUGUCUCCACGCAGAGGAUCAAGGUGCUCACGGCUGACACACAGGAGGCUAUGAUGGAUCACUCCCUGCAGACCAUCUCCUACAUUGCCGACAUCGGCUCCCUGGUGGUGCUCAUGGCACGCCGCAAGCUGCCUCGGCGAGCGGAAGCAGCGGAGGAGAAGCGGCUCUACAAGAUGAUCUGCCACGUCUUCCACUCGGCCGAUGCCCAGAUCAUCGCUCAGGCCAUCGGGCAGGCAUUUGGUGUGGCUUACCAGCGCUUCCUGGAGGCCAACAGCAUCGACCCAAGUGAGCUGAGCCCUCGCCAGUACAGCCGUGCCCUUGAGGACCAGGAGCAGUACAAUGCAGAGCUGACCCACUUCUCCCGGCAGGAGAACUGCAAGGACGUCUGCAUCCGGAAGCAGAAGGGGGAGAUCCUGGGCAUCGCCAUCGUGGAGUCGGGCUGGGGCUCCAUCCUGCCCACGGUGGUGGUCGCCAACCUCAUGCACGGGGGCCCUGCGGAGCGCUCGGGCGAGCUGAGCAUCGGGGACCGCCUCAUGUCGGUCAACGGGACGAGCCUGGUGGGGCUGCCCCUCACCACCUGCCAGAGCAUCAUCCGGGAGCUGAAGCACCAGACGGAGGUGACACUGAACAUAGUGCACUGUCCCCCCGUCACCACGGCUGUCAUCCGGCGCCCCGACUCCAAGUACCAGCUGGGCUUCUGCGUUGAGAACGGCGUGAUCUGCAGCCUGAUGCGCGGGGGCAUCGCAGAGAAAGGCGGCAUCCGUGUGGGGCACCGCAUCAUCGAGAUCAACGGGCAGAGCGUGGUGGCCACACCGCAUGAGAAGAUCAUCCAGAUCCUCACGCAGGCCGUCAGCGAGGUCCACAUCAAGACCAUGCCGGCCUCCACGUACCGCUUGCUGACGGGGCAGGAGCAGCCCGUGUUCCUCUGAGCAGUGGCCGUGCCCGGCUGUUGCUGCGUGUGCCUGGGGCCAGGCAGGAGCGAGCCCGGGGCCUCCAGGGUGGGACAGGCUCUGCCUCCUGCCCCAGGGCUCUCAUCAGAACCCUCUGGCCCCCCGCAGGGGCUAAUCCUGCACCUCUUUGGUUUUACUCAGGACUCAGUGGGAGACGGGGUGGCCGAUGCCCAGCUCGAGCAGUGUUAGGGCCUGUGGUGCACAGCUCAGGUCCGUCACUCCCUCUCUGCCUCUGCUCACCCCUCCCUGCCUCACAGUGCCUGCACGGCGCCAUCCCCCUGCUCCUCGGGGUCCCUCGCCUUGGCUCGGUGCUGGCAGGGGAGAAGGGACCCGCUGUGAAGGGCCACCCCCCUCCAGUCACCACAGAUCGUGCUCUUACACUUGCCGCUGGUGCCUUUCCCUAGCUGGGGAUGGAAUUUGAGCACAGCUUGGGGCCCUGAGCGGCGCUGCCCCUGCACACCAGGGUGUGGGCUCACGCCAGCACCCAAGGGAGAGCCGGCAGCUCCCAGGCUCAGCCUUAAGGGCAGCAGCACCCUCAGCACCCACUGCCCCCCCUGGGCUUUGCCAGGGGCCUGGUGGGGCACAAACAACCUCUCUGUUGCACCAAGCUGGGAAACUACCUCUGCCUCCCCAGUGCUGCCUUUAUCUGCUCUGCAUGCACAGCUGGGUCCCAGCCUCGGGGCUGCUCCUCGGCACAGCAAAAGGGAACACGGCACUGCCACGUCCCAGGGAGUGUGGGGACACGAGCCCCGAGGACCAGCCUGCAGCUGAGUGCUCCGUGGGGCCGUGUCCUUCACAAGGGGAUAGCUGGGAUCCUUCGGCUGAGGCAGCCUGACGUGACUUUGCCUGUGUGCUUGGUUGAUGUAAAAAUAAAAGUUUGGGGGCACGUUGGA